AUGGGAAAGCUCCCUGUGGACCUCACCCCUGGCCAGAUCCGCUGCAGCAAGCGGGAGGUGGUGCUGACGCGGGGAGCAGAGAGGCUGAGCACCCGGGAAGGUGCAAGAAAGCUUUAUGACUACUUCAGCUCCUCUGAGGGAAUUGGAGGCUUCCAAGACCACUUUGACUGGUGGGCCAGAAAUCAGUUCUGUUCCCGGGGUGGGAAACCCCUGUGGAUUGACCCCCAUGAUCCAAAUGUUCACCACAUCUUCAUUGAUGACAACAUCCGGCUGGACGAUGCAGACACUAUUGUUCAUCCGCAGGGGAGCCCCAGCCAUGUGUGUGAUGAUCUGGUUCAGAGCCAAAGGGGCCUCGUGGGAGGGCAAAGAAAUCUGGAGAAACUUCAUCUUCUACCACCAGAGAGGAGACAGGAGCCCCUGCCCUCUGCNCGGGCCGGUGCUGCCGCCCUUGCCCUGGGCAAGCAGGUCCUGGUGGUGGGCGGCGUGGAUGCUGCACAAAGUCCCCUCGCCUCCGUCGAGGUCUACCACGUGGAUGAGGGCAAGUGGGAGAAGAAGGCAGCCCUGGCUCAGCCCUCCAUGGGCAUCUCAGCUGUGCAGAGAGACGGGGCUGUCUAUGCACGUGGGGGAAUGGGUGCGCCCACCUCUCCCCAGGCACUGGUCCGUGUCUACGAGCCAGCAAAGGACCACUGGCAGCCCCUGCCCUCCAUGCCCACUCCCUGCUAUGGGGCCUCUGCCUUCCUGCAGGGCAACAAGAUCUUCGUCCUGGGGGGCCGGCAGGGCAAGUUGCCUGUCACAGCCUUUGAGGCCUUCGACCUGGAGACAAGGAGCAGGACACGCUAUCCCAGCCUGCCCAGCCGCCGCGCCUUUGCUGCCUGUGCCAUGGCUGAUGGGGUUGUCUUCAGCCUGGGGGGGCUGCAGCAGCCAGGGCCCCACAACUUCUAUUCCCGUCCCCACUUCGUCAACACCGUGGAGAUGUUUGACCCCACACAGGGUGCAUGGAGCAAGCCAAGCCGUGCCAUCCGCAUGAGGGAGAAGAGAGCUGACUUUGUGGCUGGCUGCCUGGGAGGAAGAGUGGUGGCCGUGGGUGGCCUUGGGAACCAGUCCUGCCCGCUGGAUUUCGCCCUCUCGGGGAAGAAGGGGGAGCCGCUGCCCCCCAUGCCCACCGGCCGCUGCUCCUGCUCCAGCUGCCCGGCGCCCAGCCUGCUCUUCAUCAUCGGGGGGGUGGCCCAGGGCCCCAGCGGAGCCGUCGAGGCUCUGUGCCUGCGCGAGGCACCCUGAGCGGGGCCCGGGGACCAGCCCUGGCCCAGCACCAAGUGCCU